ACACCAAACCAAGCACACACUUGACGGCAAUCUAUGUUUCACUCUGCUAGCUCGGCUACCCGCAGAGCCCGAAAUAUUAUAUACGACAGCCAAUAAUCUCUCUGAUCCAACGCACGUUCCAGUUACAGUAGUGAGAGGGAAGGGCUUGGGAGCCUUUUCUCUGGAUUCUGUAGCACUCAGUACUGUGCAUACUAUUCCGAAUCCGAGCACUGCACUGUACAGCCCCUGUUCCUUCAAGAAAAGUGCCUGUCCUUGUAAGGUGCAGUAUCAUCAUAAGCUCUGAGAGAGAAAACAAAGGAGCAAUAGACUAAUAAUAAAAAAAGGAAGUCAAGUCACACCGGGAAAAAGUUCCCCCCAUUCCAUCAACUGCAUUCUACCCCCCCCCCUCUCUCCGUACUGGUGUCCG